CUUGGAAGAACUUACAGUUCUACACGAAUAUCGGACGGUUGGCAGCUUUUCCGUGCUUACAGUCCUGAACAAAAAUUGGUCGGUUUGCAGCUUGGUCCGCGCUCACUGUUCUGAACCAAAUUUGGUCGAUAAUUCGAGAUGCCCAACAAUCGUACAAAGAAGUCAAUCCCUAAGCUGGUCGGAGAGGAUGAAGACAAGGUUAAUGACAAAUCCCUUAGUACAAAGCAAGUUUUUUCUGAUGUCUUUACGCCUCAUGGUUCUAAUGUAUUUAAAGAGAGCUAUAGUGAUAGUGACGUAAUGUUAGAUAAGGUAGCGGAUCUUAGUUUAGAUAAAGGGGAAAGACUUCGGCAUGCAGUCUCGGGCACAACACCUAAGGUUCCUAUAGUUGGGUUAGAGCUACCGAAAGUUGAAUUGUGUUAUUUUGAUGGAAAACCGAAGGAAUAUUGGAAGUUUAUAAAACAAUACGAUACUUACGUUGCUGCUAGAGUAUCUGACGAUAGUCAACGUUUACUAUAUUUGCUCCAUUAUUGCAAGGGUAAGGCGAAGGCAGCCAUUGAAGGAUGUGUAAUGAUGGAGGCUACGUCUGGGUAUAAGAGAGCUAGAGAUAUUUUGAAACGAUUGUUCGGUCAAGCUCAUGUCAUAGCAAGAGGAACGUUAGAGGAUUUAUUCAAUGAUGUAAAGCAUGGUUGUCAUGACGCAGAGCAACUCUCAAGUUUAGCAAUAAGGAUGGAAAAUUGUAGCAUGAUUCUAGAGCAAAUGAACUACACUGCCGACUUGAAUUCGCUGGUUACAUUAGAGAGAGUAGUAAGAUUUCUGCCUCAACCUAUGCAAAGACAAUGGGCUGAACUUGUAGAUAGAUUGACGGAAGAUGACAGAGAGCCAACGUUCGCUGAACUCACUCAGUUUGUGGCAGCUAAAGCGAGAGUCGCUGCGAGUAGGUUUGGACGAUUGGCUGAACGUCGAAGAGGGGGAGUUACUACUAAAUCAUGUUAUCAUUCCGUAUUGAGACCGAAGAAUGCAUCGAUCGCAAGUGCUAAGUGCAGUAUGUGCUCAGGGGAUCAUUCGGUUUACGAGUGUAGACAGUUCUUAGCUCUCACGACAGAAGAACGUUUGUCGCACGUCAAAAGUAAGAGUAUUUGUUUCGUAUGUCUUAGACAAGGGCAUAAAGCUAAUGAAUGCAAAGUGACGAGAUGUUGCGCCAUUGAGGGAUGCUCUAAGAGACAUCACUCUCUGUUGCAUAAGGGUUCAGCAAAGAAUAAAUCAGAAGAUAAACUGGCUACGGUAAACUAUUGUGGACAAGAUAGGCCAGUGAACAGUCACGUGUGUCUGGGAACGAUCCCUGUGAGGUUGAGAGCGGGAAACGCUGAGGUUGUGGGGUAUGCACUUUUGGAUAAUGGCUCUGACGUAACCUUAAUUACUUCAGGAUGUUUGAAGUUACUGGGGCUGAAAGAGGAAGAGUCAUCAGUGACUGUGCAAACUGUGAGCGGUAAUAAGGCAACACGCGUCACAAAGACACCUUUUGAAGUAUACUCCUUAGAUCAAUCUGAGCACGUCAAGAUUGAGGGAGCCCUGAUAGUGUCGCAAAUACCUGGGCAUAAACCGACGAAAUCAGUUAUGAGUGGCCUAGUGAAGUGGCAGCAUUUGAGUGAUGUGCCAUUACAAUUUAUAGAUUCUGGCGAAGUUGUAUUGCUGAUUGGUUGUGAUGUUCCGGAAGCCCACUGGGUACUCGAUCAACGGUUAGGUGGCAGAAAAAAUCCGUAUGCAGUAAAAACGUUGCUCGGUUGGACCGUAUUCGGACCUGCAUCAUUUUCGGGAUCGAAGAAAAGAGUUAGUAAUUGUAUGAGUAAGCUGCAGACAAUAGAAGAUCAAUUCCGUAAGCUUUAUGACGUAGAAUUCGCUGAUGUAUAUUCAAGCGAUAAAUCGCCGUCAGUAGACGAUCGAGCAGCAAUAGAAAUAGUGGAAAGGGGUACCUUCUUCGAUGGUGGUCACUUCGUAGUUCCAAUACCAUGGAAAAUGCAUCCAAACAAAAUAACGGGAAACUAUGAAGUAGCGGCCAGUAGAUUACUUAGUUUGAAGGGUAGGUUGUUGAAGGAUAGCAACCUACACACUAAAUAUGCUAAAAGUAUCGAAAGUAAUCUUACUAAAGGAUAUGCGCGAAGGGUCCCUGAAAUACAGUUGAGGUCAGAUUAUCUCCCUCGCUGGUAUCUACCUCAUCACGCGGUAAUAAAUCCCAAAAAGCCAGAAAAACUGAGGGUGGUGCUGGACUGUGCUGCUAAAUUUGCUGGGGUUUCACUGAAUGAUAUGAUUUAUCAAGGACCCGACACUACAGCAGAGCUUGUUUGUAUAUUAUUGCGAUUUCGCAAGGAGGCAAUUGUCAUUUGUGCCGACGUUGAAGAAAUGUUCAUGCAAGUAAAGGUCCCUGAAUCCGAUCAGGGAGCUUUAAGAUUUCUAUGGUGGCAGGAGGCAGACAUGUCGAAAGAACCAUUGGAAUUUCAAAUGACUGCCCAUCCAUUCGGAUCAACGUCUUCGCCAUUCUGUGCAAACUUUGCCUUGAUCAAGACCGCUCAGACAUUUUCUGAUGGAUAUGAUAGCUACGUCGUGGAGGCAGUUAGGAACAAUUUCUAUGUGGAUGAUUGCUUAGUAUCUUUUCCCACUUCUGAUCGAGCAAAGAGCUUUGUUAAGCAAGUAAGUGAAUUACUGGGUAAAGGCGGUUUUACAUUAAAGGAAUGGAUAACAAAUUCGGAAGAAGUUAGGUCUGUUUUGCCUGGGAUAUGCAAGGAAGGGCUUGUGAAAGAAAUGUCUAAAGAUUGUGAUGUCAUUCAUCGUACCUUGGGGGUACAAUGGGAUUGUGAAAGAGAUGUUUUCCAGUUUCACUUUGACGCCCCAGAAAGACCGUUGACUAGGAGAGGUAUUCUAUCUGUGGCAUCUUCUGUAUUCGACCCUUUGGGUUUAAUUUCUCCAGUCUAUCUGACGGUCAAACUUCUUCUGCAAGGGUUAUGUAAGUCCCAAAUAGGCUGGGAUCAGCCGAUCAACGAGCCUUAUAUGUCGAUUUGGCUAAACUGGGUGAACUUAAUGCGACAGAUAGGUCACGUUAAAAUUCCUCGAGGCAUCAAGAAUAAAUUAGAUGAACCUAAUGCGCGAGUGGAAUUGCAUUUGUUUAGUGAUGCCUCCGAGAUUGGUUAUGGAGCAGUAGCUUAUGCACGAGUCAGUUAUUUGAACGAACCGCCGUAUUGUAUUUUGUUGUACAGCAAGUCCAGGGUUCCACCUAUAAAACCAGUCACUAUACCGAGGCUUGAGAUGGCAGCAGCGGUAUUAAGCGUAAGGCUGAGUGAAGUGCUACAAAGAAGCUUACCCAAUUUCUUCUGCGAAGUGAGUUUCCAUACUGAUUCUAUGAUAGUGUUGUAUUACAUUAGAAAUACAGGAAACCGAUAUAGUACCUAUAUAGCUAAUCGUCUUGCUAUCUUACAUCAGCACACUAAGGUUGAGCAAUGGACUUACGUCAAAUCGUCGGAGAACCCAGCGGACUGGACUUCGAGAGGUAUACAAAAAUUGGCCGACCUUGAGUCGUGGAUUAAGUGCCCUACUUUACUGCAAGCCGAGUUCGGUAAAACUGUUACCGAUUGUCCUCAAACUGUUCCGGACAGUAUUGAGUUUAGAAAAACUGUUGUAAGUCCUACCCGUUCUUUUAGUAAGGAAUGCGAUUAGGUGAACCAUGGCAAAAAGACAUCAGAAUAGCUUGUGCAGUAUGGAGGGAUUUUGGGGGCCGGUGUUGGAUCCAUUUUGCAAGUGAAAAUCCCUCCAUGCAUACACUUGUGAUUUCUUCCUUACGUUUUCUUUAUUUGUAUAUGCUGUUAACAUUCUUGAUGCUAAUUAAGACUGUAACGUUCAAUUUUUCUUGAUUUAACUAUCGUUUUUUAUUGAGUCUCUACGUUCCUCACUGAAUUGUAUAUAGUUUGUUUUAAUUGCUAUUAUUCUGGCAUCUGCCAUAUUGGCUGCUCGCUUUUGAUUGUGCGGUUUGAACUUGACUGGGAUCGUGCAUUUUUGGGUGUAUUUGGAGCACCUUCCCAGAAAUUGAAACACUUGGUGUUAUAAGAUAGCCGCUCAAACGAAAUCUCACUUGAUCUAUCCAGAAAGGAUAGAAUAACGUUUACCUUUCGGUGCUUUUGGUAGUUUUCAUAUAUUUCUUAUCACCUUGCUAUUUAUUGUAAUUUAGAUUGGAUAUUUUUGUAUCAAUUGUUGGUUGAAUAACCGGGUGAUAAUAUUCGUUUAGGUAAAUUUGUGCAUUUGUAUAUAUGAUGAAUUACAGAACCGUGUC